AUGGCAGAGGAACAAGAAACGAUCAGCGAACGUGUGCACAAGACCAUCGAGAACUGCAAGAAGGCCACCGGCAAAGUGUCCCUCAACGAACAAGGGCACCUAAUCGUCAAGAUCGACGAGGAUGACACUGGUGCCGGUUUGUCAAGUGUGACAACAGAACACUUUGGCGAUCAGCGACUGAAAUACAUGCUUGUACCCAUCGGCGAAGAUGGAGAGCUCAGGGAAAGUCCUGUGAUUAUCUUCACUCCCAAGGGAAAAAAUAGCAACGAGCAGAACAACUCCCAUUUCACCGGACUGUCGCAACACUUCACACCCACGAAGGCUGAAGAUGCGCUACGACAAAUGGAAAAUACCCGGCGCCAUUUGGACAGCAUCAAGGCUUUCAUGAAAACAAGCCUGGCCUGUUUAAAAGCAUUCCAGACUCAUCUUGCACCUGGCAUAGCUUGUAUGACUGAAAUUAUGGCCCUUCUUGAUGCCUUCCAGGCUCGUUCGAUUGGAAUCGAGGCCCUUUUUGAAGCAUACAAGACUCGUCCUAAACCAGACCAAGUUUAUACGGCUGAAAUAGGAGCCCUUCUUAGCGCACAACAGGCUCGUGCGGUUGGAAUCAAGGCCCUUCUUGACGCACACCAGGCUCGUUCAAGUGAAAUCAUAGCUCUUUGUGAAGCAUACAAGUCUUGCCUUAAACCACACUCAUCCUGA